AUGUUUUCCUCCUUCUCUAAUUUUUUGUUAGCCAUUUUAUUACUCUAUCUUUAUCUACAUCUUUUUCUUUCCUUUUCUUUCUAUCUUUCUUUAUGUCUUUUUCUCUUCUUUCUUCUAAUCUUUUCCGACUUCUUUUUCCUCUCGAUUCUAUUUUUUCUUGUUACUUUCCCUCACGUUGCAUAUUUUGAAUUUUUUCUUUCUUCUGUUCUCCCCUCUCAUAUUUCUUUACCUAUCCUUUCUUUUUACAUUUCUACUCAUCCACUCUCUUUUUUCAACUCCCUCUCUUACGCACAGCAACUAUUCUCUUUUCAUUUCUUUAACAUUUCGACUUAUCUUCGUCCUUCUCCCUACAACCAAAUAUAUUCUUUCUUAUUUCACCCUCUCUGUGAUUCCAUCUGCUCGUUUUUUUUCUUACAAUUUCUAGUCUCUCUCUCUCUUACUCUCUCUCUCUCUUACUCUCUCUCUCUCUCUCUCUCUCUCUCUUUCUCUUCAUCAUUUUCAACUUCUCGACAUUUCUUACUCUUCGCUUUUUGCACAUCUUUCUUUUUCUUCCAUUCUCUCUCUCUCUCCUUCUUUCCCUACUCCUUAACUUAUCAACCUCUUUGUAUUCUCCCUUGUCUUACUUAUCCUAUUCUUUCUUUCUUUCUUUCUUUCUUUCUUUCUUUCUUUCUUUCUUUCUUUCUUUCUUUCUUUGCUCUCUCUCAUACAGUAUCCUUUAGCAUUAGUUUUUCCCUCUCUCUUUUUUUCUUUUCCAGCGCCUAUUUAUAUUCAUUUGUUUUCUCUAUCUUACUUGUUUCUGUCUCACCCGUCUUUUUAACCAUUAUUUACAUUUUCCUUAAUUCUAUUUUAUAUCUUUUAUUAAUAACAACGUGA